UGCUCGCGUCGUGUCCAGAGACGACGGCGACGAAGGAAGAAGGAAGGGGAAUCGCAGAGCAGCAGCCAUGGGCGUGAUGGACAAGCUCAAGAUCUUCGUCGUCAAGGAGCCCGUCGUCGCCGCCUCCUGCCUCAUCGCCGGAUUCGGUUUGUUUCUUCCAGCAGUUGUUAGGCCAAUCUUGGAUUCUUGGGCAGUUGAGGAACAAGUCGCCCCAACCCCACUAAAGGAUGUGAUUGCAGGUGUCACCAACAAGACAAAGUAGUGACCUCACUGGUUCAUGUUGCCGGCACAUUUUUCUUUUCACUUGUUUUUGGUGCCCAGACGAGGAGGCUCUCUCCGCCCGCACGGUAGCUGGCUGAAUGAAGUCUGAAAUAAUCAUUGUACCUGAACUGGUUUUCACUGUAAUGCAAUGCGAUGAAUUUUAAGGAGUGAUC